CAAGCAUUCAUGUUUUGCCGUUCAUAGUAAUCAGGCAGCCCGUCCUUCACACUACAUUUUCGUAUCGUCCUCGCUCCUUGGCAUCAUGGUCGCGAAGAGCUGCCUCAAACAACCCUCCCGCACACCCUCUCCGACAUUCGGCUCGUUCCAAUUCGAGCCCAACCUUGACGCAUCAAAUCCUGUCGCUGAGGAGCGUCGGAAAUCGGUGACGUUCUCCUCGGACGGUGAAGAGGACGUGAAGGAGGAGGUCUUUUACGCCGACGAGUGGGACCGCUCGCCUCAUAAGGUCACACAGAAGCUGAACUACCGGGAUGUCCUCGAGCUCAUGGAGCUUCGGCUCGCGCUCCCAAAGGUAGUCAGUGGAGGAAGACGUCGAAGUGACUCGAUAGAGUCGACGAGUUAGGCGGCCUCAAUCAGGAAUUGGACUUUGCGCACUGACGCACUUGCUUGCGUCGUACGGACGCUUGCAGUUCUACCUUAUAUCAAUCGGGCUCGUGUCGGUGAUACCCAGACCUUCUAGUUUAUGAUAAGCGUUUGGUAUAGGCGAACAGUAUAGUUGAACUUACGAUUACUUUCUGUGCUCUGUGCUCCAUGUCGUUGUUACUUUGCUAAUAUGAAGCCUUGGAGAGGCUGAGACAAAUGAAUAAAACUGUCUUCUGCAGGCCAUCGCUGCGAUUCCC